GUAAUCCACUUCAUCCAGUUUCUCGAAGCAGCUUGCGAUAAGCUUCCCCAUGUUGCGCCCCCGGAAGUCUCCCUACCCAACAAUGUGGGAACACACAAGUACGAGAGACAGCCUCGGGUAGUCAUGUUCUGUCGAGCCUUCCUGGUUGAAGAGGCUGCAGAGAUGCGAGCAAGUCGUGCCGGGAUUGCCAAAGAGCCUGUAGCUUGGCUGGUUAGCGAUCCUUCGGUUGGAUCGCCGCCGCUGCCGGUUGACGGAGCACUUCCUGGACCAGAGUCUUCGUUGAAGGCAAUGGCGUUGGCGAGAGGCUUGCUUGCGGAAUGGCUUGCUGGGGAUGCGAGUGACGGUGGCAACCUAGAUAGGUAA